GGCCAGUCUUCAGUCUUCACACGAUCGCGGCACGGACCGUGUCGACUCGCUGCAAUGUGAACUCAUAAUUCCUUCCACUGUCUCCGAGGACAGCAUCAGUUGCGUGUUUAUUGUCUCUUAUUAUUUUCCAUUUUUUGAGUUCCAAUCUCACCUAUCGUAGCAGAGAAAUCUGGACAUUCGUUCUGUGGCGACAUUGAUGGAGUUCCGCUUGGACAGCGCGGAGUACUGCCAGGCUCAACACAAAUAAAGUCGAGGGUGUUCGCGGAGGCAGGUAGCAGGGAGCUCUCGGACACAUGCGGCUGGGAAGGCGCGCCCACACCACUCACCUGUGCAAUACGCAGAAUCCGACCACCCACAAGUUACCUUAGACGUGGAACCCAGUGUUAAUUGCAGCAUAUCAUUGAGUUGCUGAAGUUUCGCACCAACAACAAAAGCUUAUGUUUGUCGCUUAGCUAAGUUUCGUAAACAAAUUCGGAAUUUUCGUUUAUCAGUUACCGAAUGUGCUCAAGUGCUUGAAAGCGACCUCGAUGCGGGUGCUCCAAAUUAUAUAAUUGGACUUUUUCUAAACAGAAGGCGAGAAACUGAAGUGUGUUGUGUGGAAAUAGAGUGACAAUUUGUCUGUUAGACUUUUACGGUUCGCUACAUCUUCGGAGCGUGUGAGACGAACGCGACUUUCAAUCGGAAGGGACAGAGAAGCAGUCACCAUGAAGCAGAAGGACAUCAGGCCGGCUCCAUCUCUCAUCGAGUUCAAGAACUUGCGCUUCCUCAUAACGGACCGACCAUCGGAUGUCACCAUCCAGUCCUACUUACAGGAGUUGAGGAAGCACAAUGUGUGCGUGGUGGUGCGAGUGUGCGAGCCCAGCUACGACACGGCGCCACUCAGUGCGGAGGGCAUCGAGGUGAGGGACCUGGCCUACGAUGACGGGACCUUCCCGCCCACCAACGUCGUCGACGAAUGGUUCGAGAUUCUGCGUGAAAAAGCGCAGAACAAGCCGUCGUCUGCGGUGGCGGUGCACUGCGUGGCGGGACUGGGCCGCGCUCCCGUCAUGGUGGCCAUAGCGCUCAUCGAGCUGGGCAUGAAGUACGAGGAGGCCGUUGAGACCAUACGGGACCAGCGGCGCGGUGCAAUAAACGCCAAGCAGCUCUCGUACUUGGAGAGGUACAGGCCAAAGUCGCGUCUCAAGAAGAACGGACACAAGAACUCAUGCUGCGUGCAGUGAGUCGAGCGGCCGACAGCGAAUCAAACUCUGCUUUCACACACACACUCGACACACGGGAGCAUAGACAACUAACUAGUUUUUUUUUAUUUAGCCCGCCCACACACUCUCCGACUCCAUUGUCCGGCCCCGAUUUUCGUUUUACGAUAAUUCUCUUUACUAAAUUUACAGUUCGUCGGACUAGGCGUUACAUAAUAUUUUUCUUUUCUGUAUCUAAAUCUAAUUUCUUCAGUUCCUGACAUUAUUUUUUUAAUCGGGACCGUACAAAAAGGCCGGAUUGUCGGGAUCCUCAGCGUCUUGUGGCGUCACAACUUAUUUUCUAAACAUAUUCCGAGGGUCCGUAACCGAAUUCCGACAGCUUUUGGAGAUGACAUUCCCGUUCAGUUUCGCGGUGAAUUUGAUUACGAACUCGGCACCUCCGAUACCGUCUUUAUAUAAUUUUGCUACGAAAUUUAAUUGACAGCCAUUUUGUAUACUAAGUGUAAUAAUUAUUGUGAACCGUGUAGUAUGUGGAGCCUUUAUAGCCACUAUUUGUGUUCAUUGGAGGACAGUCACUAUGCUGUAUGUAAUAAAGUCCAAGUUUCCAUAAUACACUGAAUCGAGUCGACUACACGCUUUAAAACUACUUAAUUUUGAUUUUGUUUAUUAUAAAUUUGUGUGUUGAUAAUAUCAUAAUUCUAUAUUUUUUCUUAAAUGCUAUUAUUUUAUAUUUUUCUUAGAGACAUUAUUAUUAUUAAUCAAUGAAUAAAUUAUGACAUAAUAGAAGAUUUAUUUGUAUUUGCUUCAUAAGACAAUGGAUAUAUUUUUUUCGCGUUUUUCAAUUGUUUUAAUGAAAUUAUGACGAUGCUGAAUAAAUUAGCCUUCAGAUGAAACCGACUGAGGUCAACGAGAGCCACAUUAAAUACACAAACCUAAUCACUGAUGUUCCAGUACUUGUAGCUCUUUGAUAUUAUUUUUCUAUAUCUAAUUUUAUGAAAAUAAUCAAAGUUAUGAUUGUGUAACCACGCCACAUUCAUAAAUAAAAAUUUAUUUAUAAGCAAUGAA